AUGCUGCGGGUGGGUGUUUCUAGGAAUAUCUAUCUAUCUAUCUAUCUAUCUAUCUAUCUAUCUAUCUAUCUAUUCCAGUCUAUUCAUAUCUAUCUAUCUAUCUAUCUAUCUAUAUGUCUAUUCAUAUUAUCUAUGAAACUCAGUCUGUGCCUAUCUGUCGAACUCGCUGCCAGCUAUCACUCUCUCUUUAUCUCUCUCUCUCUCUCUCUAUCUCCCUAUCUCUCUCUUCUCUCUCUCUCUCAAUAUUGCGAGAUCACUCUCUUUCUUUCUCUUUCUCUCUCUCUAUCUCACACACAAACACACAUCUAUUUCUCGUUUUCUCUCUUACUGUGCGUCUGUCUCUUACUAGUUCACUCUCUCUCUCUCUCUCUCUCUCUGUUUCUCACUUUUUUGCCAUCUCUCUCCCUCUUCUCUCUCUCUCUCUCUUUUCACAUUUUUGCUUCUCUCUCUCUCUUCUCUUUUCGCAUUUUUGCCGUCUCUCCCUUCUUCUCUCUCUCUUUCUCUUUUUCACCUUUUGGCCGUCUUUCUCUCUCACUUUCCUCUUUCCAUCUUUUUACAGUCUCUCUCUCUCUCCCUCUCUCUCUCCCAGAUUUCCCAUUAAACGCGUUGAUUGAACAUGGCACUCCACGACUUCCUACCCUUUGUAUCUAUAAGAUUUCAUUAAAUGCUCAUGGCGCUGACGACUUCCUUCCUUGUAUCUAUAAGUAUUUGCCUCCCUACUUACCUAUCCAUCCCAUUGCGCUGAUUGAACAUAGCCCAGAUUUCCCUUUUCCCAGAACUCCCAUUAAAUGCGUUGAUUUGUCUCGAUUUCCUACCCUUUGUGUCUCUACUAUUUGUCUCCUUACAUCCAUCCUAGUCCCAGAUUUCCCAUUAAACGCGUUGAUUGAACAUGGCACUCCACGACUUCCUACCAUUUGUAUCUAUAAGCAGUAUUUGUCUCCUUACUGUCCAUCAUAG